AUGUACACUUUCAAACGGCCCCAACAACAACAACAACAAUUACAACAACAACAACAAGAUGAGUCUUUAUCUGCGGGUAUAAAUGUGGAAGCGGGAGUUCCAUACGGUGUGAAUGCAGAUGUGUACAUGAACGCCUACACAUCCGGUGAAAUGACUGGGAAUGUACAGGAGAGUUCCUACAAUUAUACCACAGACACCGGCCCAACACUACCAACAUCUCAUCCACAACAACAAGGAGAAGAAGGAGAAGGAGAAGGAGAAGGAGAAGAAGAAAAUCAAACAGCAUCCCAACAACAACAACAACAACAACAACAAGUAACGGAUGGUCAACUCUCUGAAGAGGCCUCUGCGGAGGAAACACUGCAGUACUGCCGUGCGAUGAUUCUCCGCAGUCACAUCACUCCGCCGACGAAUUGGCGUCGACUGCGGCGUGAACUCCCCGCGUCGAUUGCGGAGCUGCACCUCACGCCGUCGGCCCCGGAGACUCUGCAGCCCACCCCGUCGCCGUGUGUGGUGCUCCUCCUGGACAGUGGAGUGCCGGAGGGGAUGAGUGCGAAGGAGUAUGCAAAGAGUCUGGUCAAGUAUGUGGUGGAUCUUCUUGCCUAUCAACGGGCGGCAACCGCCAUUACAUCUUUACGAUUUGUGAAGAUUGGGAAGGAGUUAUCACAAUUGGUGGUUACAUUUGGUCGAGAUGUGCAAUUGGCGACAUUGGUGUUGGAGGAGUUUACAAAAGUGGGUCUGCAUGCGGGAUUUGGUGCCCCUAUGCUGGAUCCUCAUCAUCCUCAUAAUAAUAAUAAUCAUCAUCAUCAUAAUAAUAACUAUCCACAAGAGCGAGAGUAUGAUGCGCCCUGUGCGACCUUUCACGUAACGGACUAUAGACGCAGUAUGCAUAAUGGGACUGGAAUAACCGCAGAAGAUCUCACAUCAUUAUUAUUACCAACACGUACACCGCAGGAUAUUAGUGUAGUGGAAGGAUAUGAAAGAGGUGAUUUUUAUGUAGCGGUCUGUAGACCAGAAACGGUUCAUGCAUGGUUGUGGAAUCCAUUCUGUUCAUUUCUUGUGCAGCGAACCUUGUUUGAGCGUUGUGGGAUACUUAUUACAAUGGCGGACUGUCCACAUACUUUUCUCAGUCGUGGCAGUAGUGGUACUGUUAAUGUUAGAAAAAGUGUGCCGUAUGGAUUACAGCAAAUGUUGCCAAAAACAAAACGUCGUCCUCAUAAUAAUAUGAACUCAGAUAUGAAUACAGGUGUUGGUGGUGGAUAUGAUCCUAAUAUGGAUGAUAGUGGGUUUGAGGAGGAUGAGAAUGAAGAGGAUCUUAUGAUGGAUGGACAAUAUGGUGCUGGGGAUGAUUAUAUGAAGAGGAAUGCGUUGGAUGAGGAUGUUAAUUAUAAUAAUGAUAAUAAUGGUGAUAACAGCAGCACUGGGAGUCCGAAUCAUAGUGAUAAUAGAGAUGUAUUUGGGAAUAGAGGUGUUGGUGUUGGUGGUGUUUCUUCUACAGAAAAGGGAAGAGAUCGUAUGGGAAAAAGUACUGCGUUAGCGUGGGCUCGCAAUGCAAAGGAUGAAGUGGACAUCUUUGGAGGUCUUGAUAGCAACAACAAUGAUAAUAGUAGUAAUAAUAAUAAUAAUAAUAAUAAUAAUAAUAAUAAUAAUAGUGCAGAGAAGCCAAAUGCUUCUCUUGAGUUUGUGGAUGAUGAUAUCGCCAAACUCCUUCAGAAUAUGAAUAAAGAAAAGCAACAACAACAAGACCAACAACAACAACAACCACAACAUGAAGAGGAAGUAGGGAUGAGUGGUAUGGAUCCUCAGUUUAUGGCCCCCAUCCAUCCAUCCACAGGCGGAAUAACAGGAAUGCCGCCCAUGCAAUAUCCAUUAACACCAUUCUCUUUUCCAUUACAACAACAACAACAGCAACAAUAUGGAUAUUAUCUCCCUGUAGGAGGAGUAGGAAGUGCUGCUGGUGGUGUUGGUGGUUGGCAAUCGCAGCCAACAAUGUCAAUGGGUGAUCCUCACGCCAUGAUGACAGCACCUCUACCGUAUAAUACAGAGAUGGCAAAUAUGUAUGAACCUGUAAAGGAACAGAAAGUAAAGUACCCCGCACUUGUGGAUGAUGAUAAUGAUAAUAAUAAUAAUAAUAAUAAUAGUGCGGUAGUAAAACCGGUAGGUGAUGAAAAAUAUACUUCACAAGGAGGAGAAUUACAACAAGAUCAACAUCAAGGAUCUCAACAAGCCAUGUAUUGGAAUCGAACAGGUGGAGAAGUAGUGGGUGGCUCUAAUAGUAAUGUUGGUUACUAUCCUAUGAAUCCAAUGCCGGUGUAUGGAUCACUUCCUUACGCACCGCCUAUGCAGCAACAACCACAACCACAACAACCCUAUUCAUAUCAACAACCUUCAUUUAGUGGCCCUAUGAAUAAUAUGCCUUCUAUUCUUGGACAACCAAGAUAUAAUAAUAAUAAUACACCAUUUUACUCUGGUGAUGAUGGUACUAGUGGUAAUAAUAUUGGUAAUAUGAACAUGAAUAAUAAUAGUAAUAUGGGAGUUUUACCUCCUCCGGUAUUAUUAAAUACACCAUUAGCACCAUCUACAGCAACAUUACCAACAUCACUACCACCAACACAACCACCUGUAGUAACAGUGAAUGAUGCCUAUGAAUGGGCAGAAAAAUUGAUGGAACUCACUCAAAUUGCCUUUUCCUCCUCAAGUGAGGUGAAUGAAUCUAAACCGGAUGAAAUAGUAGAAACAACAACAGAAACAACAAUAAAUCCUGUUAGUGAAGAGGCUUCCUCAAGAUUAUUAUUUGAUCAUGUUCCAUACACCGCUACUGUACCACCCAUAAAUGGAGAAAUAGAAGAACUUAUGACAUUCUUGGAAGAACACUAUAUAGGAAUAAAAUUAGUAAUUACUAGUACAGAUCCUGAAAUGCAGGAAAGUCAACGUCGUAUUAUCUCAGCACUUCUUACACGUCAAUCAAAUACAGAAAAGUCUGAAGAGAUGGAUUGGAUACAAGAAGAAAAAAGUAGUGAUGCUGAAGGUGUAAAGUAUCAUCAAUUACCAGCCUUAUUACCCUAUCUCUUAACAAGUGUAUAUGGAACAGAGAUUGUUUCUACCAUUGCAGCCCAAGAUCCAUUAUCACUACUCCCAUUAUUAACUCGUUAUGUACUUCCAUUUUUAUUAGAUGCUGUUUUUGUGCAAACGGUAUGUGUUGUGGCUCUCCGUGCGGUACCUGCCGCAAGUAAUCCACUUGUUCAACGUAUUAUUCGUCACUGGGGACCUCUCACAACGUGGCUGCAUGCUUAUAUUCAAUCUCAGGCAGCAGCAGCAGAGGCACGUGCGGAGAUUGAAAUGUCUACACAUACAUCCGCAUCUGCACAAUCACUUAAAUCCACAACAAAGACAGCAGUGGUUAGGCGACUUACCUCACAGGUGGGGAAUACAAUAGAUAUUUUGUUAGCAGGACUUUCAGAUGAGCAGCGUGGUAAUAUACAAGAAUAUCUUGAUAGUACAAAUGCAUUAGUAAACUUUAUGAAAUUGUUGCAAACACCAGAAGAAGAAGAAGCAGAAAAAGAACAAGGACAAGAGAAUAAUAAUAAUAAUAAUAAUAAUAAUAAUAAUAAUAAUAAUAAUAAUAAUAAUGAAGAAAAAGAAAAAGAAGAAAAAGAGAAAGAAAAAGAACAGAAGAAAGGAGAUGGAGAUAAAGAAUUGACAGAGAUGGUUUCUAAUAAGAUAACACUUUCUUCUUUAUGGGGUACUGAAGGCGCUGUACAUCGUUCCUUACUUAGACUUUACCUAAAUGCUAAUCUUUUCAGUGGCACAGUAAUAGUUAAUACAUUAUUUGUACCACAAGUAUCCUUAACACGAGAUCACUAUUACUUUGUACUUGUGGCUUUUUCUAAGAGUCAUGUAAGUCCUGUUUUAAGUAUAGAAACAGCUCGUGUAUGUGGGGCCUUCUUGCGUUUAAUGGAAGAGAAAAUUCUCAGUGUGGAGAGUGAUAGUGGUUCUUCUUUACCACAAGUAUUAACAGAAAAAGAUGCCGUUCAUCUUAUGGAUGGAGCCUUACGUGCUGUUGAUUCUUUAGAAGUCUACACAUGUCUUCGAGAUGCUUACUUCGCAACGCCUCUUCCUGCGAAACGAUAUACUCAAGUGGAAACAAAACUCUCACAAACAACACCACCACCAACAACCUCCUCCUCCUCUUCACAACAACAACAACAACAUUCUUAUCAUCAUCAUAAUAAUAAUAAUAAACACCAGGAGGAUGAUGGUCAUUCAUCUUCAGUACUAGCACUACCAACAACAGGAAGUGGUAUUGGUAGUGGUGGUUGGAAUGCUGAAUGGACAGUAGCGAUGCGUAACUAUCCAUUGGUGGGUGAUCCCUUUACACCGCUUCCAACAGGAUGGACAAGUGCCUUAAGUAGAUCCUACGGGCAUUAUUAUUUUAAGAAUGCUAAAGGUACAGCAACAUACAGACAUCCAACAGAUGCAACAGAAUUUAUGGCAACACCACAAGCUUUUCUUCAAGAACCUGGUGUAACUACUACACUGGAUGAGGUUUUAGAAUAUGCAAACUCUACAUUAGCAACUGCAACAAAUUCUUCCGAGAAGAGUGUAGUUAUUACUAAAGAAAAGGCUGAAAAGUGGCUGCAAGAUCAACGUAUGCGUAUAGAACCUCUUGAUAUGGCAACACUUGCAUUAAUGAAAAUAAAAUACCGCGUUGGUGGUGGUGGUGGUGGUGGUGGUGGUGGCAGUAACGCUAGCGGUAAAUCCUACCGACACCGCCGUGAGAGCAGCGAGGAUAAUACCCAUUAUCAUCAUCAUCAUCCUAAUCCUCAUCAUCUUCAUCAUAGCAACAACAAUAAUAACAAUGAUAAUAAUUCCCGUAAGCGUGGACGUGGGCCUCCUCUCCACCCGGCGGAUCUCCAACGCCGACUCACUGCCAUUCAUCGUGCUUAUCCCCCUCGCGGUCAUCCAUUCCCACCGCUUCCACGCGGAUGGACGUGCAAUCUCAGCAGCAGCAGUGGACUCUAUUACUUCCGACCACCGCGCGGCGGGCCUGUGUACAGACAUCCCAUCACUAGACGUGAAUACCGCGCAGCACCGCAGGCAUUUGUGCUGCAUCGUGGUGUACACAUCAACGCGGUGGCAGUUGCCGCCCAUUGUGAAGUGCAGAAGGUGGAGGAAUGGCUGCAGGAUCAGCGGCGACGGGAUACACAUUUAGAUGCUGUGGUGGUUCGUAUGAUUCCCAUUGAAUACGCAUUCAGUCCUGACUGUGAUGAGGGUAGGGAUGUUGAGAAGAGUGGAAUACGGGGAAGCGGUCAGAAUGCUAAUACAGAGGAAGAACCACAGCAACAACAGCCCCAACAACAGGAACAAGAACAACAACAACAGGAAGAAGAAGAAGAAAAACAAGAACAUCAACAGCAGGAGCAACAACAGGUAGAUGAACAAGGGGAAGGGGAAGAGGAAAGGUCGGCUAAGAAGGAAAAGAAAGAGGAGAUGGAAGACAAUUCGAAAGAGUAG